AUGACUGUGCGCACCGCAGAAGGGCUCACGCCCGAACAACUAACCUUUUUCAACGAGAAUGGUUAUCUACUGAUACCUGAUGCGCUGUCGCAAGACACGGUCAAGCAGUUGCUGGAAGACACAAACAAUAUGCUAAACGACUUUUCACUCGAUGACCAUCCCAUGACCAAGUUCUCGACUGGCGGCGACGACGGCGCGGACCACGUUGGAGACAGCUACUUCCUGGAGUCCGGUGACAAGGUACGGUUCUUCUUCGAAGAGGAUGCCUUCGACAAGUCUGGCUCACUGACCAAACCUAAACACCGCGCCAUUAACAAGAUCGGCCACUACCUCCACGAGCUCUCGCCUUCGUUCCGCAGCAUGUCCCUUUCCGCCCGCAAUGCCGCCAUUGCGUCCUCGCUCGGGUUCCGCGAUCCCCGUGUUUUGCAAUCUAUGGUUAUCUGCAAGCAGCCUGAGAUAGGCGGUGCAGUGCCGCCACACCAAGAUAGUACCUUUUUGUAUACGGACCCGCCGAGCGCAGUUGGCUGGUGGUAUGCACUCGAGGAUGCGACACAGGAGAACGGGUGCCUAAGCUUCGCUGCUGGGAGUCAUAAACGUGCUGCUAUUGACAAGAGAUUCGUCAGGACGGGCAAUGGUACUGGCUUCAUUGACAAUGAGGGUGCCAAGUUUCCAAAGAGUAUAAAGCACCAGACAAACGCUGAGAAGGAGUACGAGAUGGUCGAGAAGGAGGAGAGGUACGACAUGGGUGAGGUCAAGGCUGGCACUCUUGUCCUUAUCCAUGGCAACAUCCUGCACAAGAGCGAGAAGAACACCAGCAACAAAAGCCGGAAUAUUUACACGUUCCAUGUGAUUGAGGGCGAGGAGAGGUAUGACGAGAGGAAUUGGCUGCAACCGCCUGAGCAAGGAUUCUCAAGGCUAUUUCAGGAAAAGGCCGCGACGGACGCAGAAAACAGACUUGCGAAGGACUGGUAG